ACUUUCUGCCUUUAGCUUCAUAGUCAUAAGCAUCCAAUCCAACUCAAUCCAACACAAGCGCAGCGUCGCAGACGGCAGGGCGGCAGGGACGAGACCGGCAUUUUUUUAGGCCUAACCAUUGAAACGCAGGACAAACGUCAACAUGUCUCUUUUGCAGAAACCCAAGAGUGAAAUGACGCCAGAGGAACUGGCGAAGCGGGAGGAAGAAGAGUUCAACACUGGACCUCUCUCUGUGCUGACGCAGUCCGUGAAGAACAACACUCAAGUUCUCAUCAACUGCCGGAACAACAAAAAGUUGCUGGGUCGAGUAAAAGCAUUCGACCGUCAUUGCAACAUGGUUCUCGAGAAUGUGAAGGAGAUGUGGACAGAGAUUCCCAAGACAGGAAAAUCCAAGAAGAAUAACCCCGUGAACAAGGACCGCUACAUUUCCAAAAUGUUCCUCCGCGGCGACUCUGUCAUCCUCGUCCUCAAGAACCCCCUUGCUUCUCAGAAGGCGUAAGGGAACCACGGCCAGUGGCACUCCUCAUCUUUGCGACACACUUCUUCACCCUCAGACACUCUUUUGUACCAUAAUAAACAUUCUUUGCGAGUUGCAC